UGUCAAUUUUCUAUUGAAAAUUCGUAGAAAAAGUAAAACUCGUGACAAGGUAGCCACUUAAAUAAAAUAUUGUUUCGUAACAUAUAGGUAAUUGGUUAAAAAAAGAUUCGUAGUAAGGGGUUUAUGACAAAAUCAUUUAUUAUAAUUGGCAAAUUUUAAAUCAAUCAUUUCAUAACUUGUCAUAAGUCAUAAGCAUUAUUGUCAAUAUCAUUAAUUCAAUUUCAAUGAAUGAGCAUUGUAUAUAUUAUAUUGUGUGGUAUGAAUUAUGAAUGAAUUAUUGAAAUUGUUUGAUGUUAUUGAUUUUGAUAUUAUUUUGUUCACUGUUAAACUUAUUUACUUAUUAUUACCCCCCCCUCUCACACUUAUUAAGUUAUUGCUUACAUACAGCUAGGUUGUGUAGGCGUAGGCAUUGAUGAAUCAUUGUAGGUGUUAGUCGCUAGUGUUAGUUUUAGUAUUAGUCACUAACCACUAUUAGUGUUACUGUGUUACACUCGGUCUCAGACUCAGUAAGCAAGUUCAGAAAUAGAAUGUUGUUGCUGUAGACUGUAGUGGACGUGGUGUGGUGGCGGUGUUUGAUUGAUCAUUGUUGAUCAUUGAUGCUCUUUACUUUGCAAAGCCUACCGACUACCGGUAAGACGAAAUGUAAAAAUAAAGGAGGGUUACUUGUGAUAAAUUAAUAAUGUUCACUCUAUUAAUUCUAUAAUUUCUAUGUUGUAGAGUGUAGUAUUCAGUUGCAGGCAUCUUACUCUUACUUUGUGAUCUGCAAAGUAUUUGUGAUUCAAAUAGUAAUAGCCAUACAAGUCCAGAUUGUUUUUAUGCUGUUUAUUUGUAUGUCUAAUUCCCUUUUAAUGUUAUUAAAUACUUUGCCUAUGUCCUGGCAGGCAUUCUAUAGGCUAUAGGAUGCCGUGACAAUUCUCAUCAAAGUGUGAAAUAAUUAAGACAUUAUAUACUUUGCCUAGGCAUCUAUAGAAUGCUUGGAUUUAACACUUUUCAUGUAACAGAUGCAAACUUUGCCUGUAACAGAUACAUAAAAUAAGUAUUAAGCAUAUUUAAUUAAAGCACUGUCAAUAAAGACUGCUGCUAGGCUUAUUAUAAAAAUAAAAUAAAAAAUUAGUAGGUCUACAAUGUAACAAUCACUCAAGUCUUAAGGCAAGUUGUGAUGAUUGACUCAAAAAUAAUUUAUUCUAAAAUACAUACAAUUAAGAAGUCGGAUUAUUCUGAUUUAAUUUUGAGAAUACAAACUAUAACAAUAGGCACCAUAUAAACAUAGUUAUGCCCUUGUUUGAUUAAGGAUUAAGGCAGUCUUAUUCCUUUAUAUCAUUAAGGCCCUAUUAUGCCUUUGUAUGACUAUGGUGUGCGAUUAAAUUUUCAGUUAAACUUUUAUAUGAUUGGCCUAGGCCUAAGGUUUUUUUGUUGUCUCUUUUUAAAAUCAUAAUUCUAAUUUCUAUAUCAAAAUCACUAAGACUAUGACUCUUGUUUUUACUUUUUCUUUCACCUGAAUUUCAGGGUUACAACAAUGGAUUUAUGCAAUGAAAGUGAAGAGGAGCCUGAAAGCGAAGAAAACUCAGAAGAUUGUAGCAACAUAACAGCAAAUAGCUUAGAUGGCAAUUCAUCAGAUGGUAGUAAAGGCAAAGACAAUAGAUCUAGGCACCAGUGUGAAAAGGGACCUCCUAUUGUUUGCCUUAUGUGCAAAAUUGUGUGGACUAAAAACAGGAAAGGUGGCAGGCUAUUUAUGUUUGGUGGAAGUAGGCCAUUUAUGGCAAAAUUUGAAGCUAAAUUCAAAGCUUUAAUGGGACGUGAAGAAUUAGUGGCACUUCAGAACAAAUCAGCUACCAAAUUUGGUCGCAGCUAUAUCUGUAGAGAAUGCUAUUUGGUUGUAAGACAGACAUAUGAUAACAUUCGUAAGGUUCAACGAGAUGUGGCAAAAUCUAUUCAAAGAGUGAAAUCAAAGAUGUGCUUAAAAUCAGACCCUGUCACAGAGGAUGGAGAUUCUGGAUCAGACCAAGACUUGGACAUUGAUUAUCAAGGUAAAAAGAACAUUUUUGUUGCUUUUAUGUUCAUGCAACAAUUUUAUUCAAGAGCUCUCUUUUUUUUCCUCUGGAAAGAUUUAUGUGAAAGAAAGGAUAGCAGCAGGCAACCGUUCCUAUUUCAACCUACAAAAGCUACUGGGAAGCAAAAACCUCUCAAGGGGAACAAAAACGACAAUAUACACUACUAUCAUAAGACCAGUAGUAACUUACGAUAGUGAGACUUGGACCCUUACCAAAAAAGCAGAGAACCUUCUCAAUACACGGGAGAGGAAAAUCCUCAGAAAAAUAUACGGCCCAAAUGAUGGAAAAUGAUAUCUGGAGAAUCCAUACAAACCAAGAGCUAUACCAAUUGUACAAAGACCCACCCUUAGUCGCAACAAUAAAAAAAGGCAGACUGCGAUGGGCAGGACAUAGCAAAAGGAUGCCAGAAUGUAGAGCAGCAAAGGUGAUAUACAGGCAGAAACCUAGGGGCAGACGACUCACUGGUCACCCAAGGCUGAGAUGGUUCGACGAUGUGGAGAAGGAUUUCCACCAGUUGGGGGUUCGCCCAAGGAGGCUAAGGUCAUGGAUCGAUCCGUAUGGAAGGAUGUGGUGAAGCAGGCCAGGGCCCUACAUGGGCUGUAGCGCCACUGAUGAUGAUGAUGGAAAGAUUUAGAUAAAGAAUGCAUAGAAUGUUGAAAUAUAUUUUUUAACUAAAGUUUAGUAAUAAAAAAUAUCAUUCAGAUAUCCUGAUUAAAGGGAUUAGUGAUAAAUUUUAAUAUCAGCUAAAAAAAAGUAGGCCUAAUGGUUUUUAUUGCUUUUAACCAUUCAUAGAAUUUUUUAAAAUUUAUUCUAGUUUGUGUAUGAAAAUUAUAAUUUCUUUUCUCUUUUACAGCUCACAAUCCCCCAAAGAAGAAGCUUCCUCCGGUAGCAGAAAGAAUAGCAGUAAAAAUAGCAUCUUUAACACUGGUAAAAAUUAACAACAAGGUACCGAAAAUCUGUCUAACUCCAAUCACCUCAUUAAAAGAUGAAGAAAGUAGCCAAGAUAAAGAUAACAGUAGUGACAGUGAUUCUAGCAUGUCUCAUCAUGAAAACAUCGUUGGCUCCAAUAAUGGAAAUGAAGUGUCUGAUAAUGGAAAAGAUUUUCACCACCAGCAAGACUCUGAAAAUAAUGACAACUGCUGCAUUUCAAACAACCUGGACGUCACAUGUUCUACUGCAGUGUCUUCACAUCAAACCAGUUUAGAAAAUGACACACCCUGUCAAAAAGUAGGCCUACACAUAAUUACAAAUAAUGAGAAGAUUCUGAGGCCACUCACAGAAAAUGUCUACUCUUCCAAAGAGGCUGCUGAAUGCAGUGCAAUUUCAUUAAACACAAAUACCUCAUUUGCAUCACAGCACAAUAUAAAUGAAAAUACAGAUUUGUCAUUGAGCUCUGAAGUCAAUACAUCUCAAAAUCGCACGGCUGCAUCCACUGAUAUUAUCAGUGAUAAAGAAACAGAGAGUAGAGAUCAGAAUGAUAAUUCCAGAAGCCCCUCACUGAUAGAACUUGCAGAAAUAUUGGCCAAUCCACUACUUUUAAUCAAAUCUCCUCAAGUAAGUGGUUUAAAUGGUGACAUCACUAGAGUCAAAGACAUAAAAAUAUAAAAGUGCUUUAAUUGCAUCCUUAUUCUGAAUGCACCAUGAGUCUCCUAGGCAUUGAUAUUUCAAAAUGUUGUGACACUUGAAUUAACCUAAUAAUCUUUAUCGCUGUCCUUCACAAACUAUUAAAGCAUUAACAUUUUCUUUUUUUGUGUAAAUAAUUCAUCAAACCACUUUAAAAUAUAAUUUAAAAUUAAUGUGUUUUUUUUUUAAAAAGGAAAGUGAUUUCAGUUGAAAUACACCUUCAACUAUGAAUCUUUAAUCAAUUUAUUAAAAUUCUUGCUUUUAAGAAUAAAAAUUAGUUCCUUAUUUUUAUUUUUAUAAAAUUUUUCUUUCAAAUCCUUUCAGUUUCUAUGCAUGAAGUUUCAAUGUAAAACAUUGUCUUAUUUGAAGUAUUUUGUUAAAUUUUAAGUUGACCUGAUGUAAAGUGAAACACCAAACUUCACACUUUUAUGUGUUUCUCUUCCAGCCUUUAAAGUUAGCAGAUGUGAAAGAUGAGCAAGCGUACAUAUGCGGGGAAGGAAACUGUGAUUGGAUAUUUAGCUCUAAAUUUUUCUGGGAAAACCACAUCAGGCAUUAUCAUAGAUGUAAGCUCUUCAUGAAAAUUAUAAAUUGAAUUUAUUAAUUUCACUAAAUAUUAAGCAAAUUUAUAAUUUUAACUUACUUUCUGAAACAUUAAGGGCAAUCAAAAAUAAGCUGAACUGAUAAAAGUGUUACAACCAAUACAAGGUAAUGUUGAUUCUGACAGAAAACAAAUGGAUGUAUACAUUUAAAUGGCCACUGGAUCAAUGUGAUAUAAUUCCAGCAGUGUUUCAUUUUGUAUUUCACUGUGCUUUUUAUGCAUUCCACGUUGCAGGUGUUGUCUGAAUUUUCAUUUGGAUAUAAAUUUUUAAUAAUUUCAUACCAAUAUUUGCUAGUAUUCUCUACACUUUUUGAUAUGCAUAUGAAGAAAAUAAAUGACAGGACUGCAUUUUAAUAUGUAGAUAUUAUUCCUUGUAUUAUUUUGAUUUUUUGUUUGUUAUUUUUGUCAACAGUUGGAAAACCCUUUAUCUGCCCAUUUGAAGGAUGCUCUAGAAGUUUUUCAGGAAAGAGCAAGCUAGAGCUACAUGUUCGAUCACACACAGAUGAAAGACCAUUCAUUUGUGACAAGUGUGGUAGCGGAUUUCGUGGCAAUCAGGAAUUAAAAGCACAUAGACUGACUCACACUUGUAAGGAUCAGAACAUCCUUGUAAUCUUUAAAAUUAUUUCCUGAUUUUCAAUAAAUUUGUCAUUUUCAUAUAAAAUUUGAGAAUACCAAUUUUAAUUUAUAGACUGUUUUUAUUAUAAUCUGAUCUAUAUUUUUUUGAAUGAAGAAUAGUCAAAUAUAUAUUCUAAAAUUCAAAAGAAUAAUUAACAGCAUCACUUCUCAAGAACAAGUAUCAAAUAAAUAAGCAGCAUAAUGUAGUCAAUUUAGCUAUGUUAUUAGUGGAGUUACCUUUAUCAAUUUAAAAAAAAAAAUGAUUUACAUAUUUAACAUUUUCUUAGACUAAACAAGUUAUUAUGCUUGCGGAAAUUAACUAAAAAAAUUUUUUUUUUCAACAGCUGAAAAACCCCAUCAAUGUCCAAAGUGUGAUAAAAACUUCAAACUUCUCAGUAGUUUAAAGGUAUUUUUAAUUCUUUUAAUUUUUCUACCAAACAAUUAAUCGAUUAUGAAUUAUAUUUUGCAGGCUUGUUUUAUUGUCCCACUUGGUAAUACAUUAAAAAAAUUUAAAUGUUCCUUGCUUAUUUAUUAAAUUUUCUGCAAGGUUUUCUUUCUCUAUUGUCUUUAAACAGCGCCACCUUCAGUUUCAUGAUGGUGGAGACUUCCCCUUCCCAUGUACUUAUCCAGAAUGUGGAAAGGCCUUCAAAAGCAAAUAUGAUCUUAAGUGCCACGAUAGGCUGCACACAGGAGAAAAACCUUAUAAAUGCCCUGAACCUGGAUGUGGCAUGGCCUUCAGAAUACCUUGUCAGUUCACCAUGCACAAGCGUUCCCAUACAGGUAAAUAUCAGUUUCAUUUCAUUAUUAAUACUAAUAUGUUGGAGAAAUUUAGGAUUUACAACACACAUUUUCAAGAUAGUGCAGAUGAAUGAAUCAUUUUGUUUAGUUUAUUAAAAUUUUCAUUUUUUUUUUUUUAACUUGAGUAGGUAAAUUCCAAGUGUAUGCCAAGACAUUUCAAUGAGUUCUUUAAAUAUGAGUGAUAGUUUGUUUUUUUUUAUCAAUUCUAUGUUCCAUAGUUCUAUCUUCAAUUUUUAUUUCUGUUUUUUUUUUUUUAAUUAGUCUUGUAAUUUGUCUUUGACAAUACUAAUUUUUUUUUAUAAAUGUAACUUGUAAUCAAUUAGGAGAACGUCCGUUCAGAUGCAAUGUGGAUGGGUGUUCAGCUGCUUACAUCUCUUCCAAUGCCUUGCAAGCACAUAUGCUAAGUCAUACAUCUGAGAGGCCAUUGUGCUGUGAAUUUUGUGGAAAGACAUUCAAACAUAAAAUGCUUUAUCGCAUGCAUCUGAAGAAACAUUCUGGUGAAUAUUGUCUUCUAAAUGAAUUUUUGGGACAAACUGAAUACAGUAGUGAAACAUAAGAUGAUUUGUUAAUUCAUAUUUGCAGUCCUAGGGUUAACAAGAUGUACAUUUAUUUAAAUAUCACUUCCAAUUAUAAAUAAAAGACAAACUAUUUUUUUCAAAUUUAUUUUUAACAAUUAGUUAUAUUUGGUUACAUUAAGGUGAGCUUUAAUUUUUCAUAUUUUAAAAAAAACUAGAGUAUACAGCAGUUUCAAAAAAUUUUAUUUUUAAUUAUUUUAUGAUCUAGUUUGUAUAUUAAAUAUGGAAAAACAAUUUUUCUAUGCCUAACAGAGCCCCAAAGUUUCGUUUGCCCUGUGGAAGGAUGUGGUGAAGAGCAUGCAGACCGCAGAUCUUUAGAUCAGCACAUGGCAAGCAAUCAUGGAAUACAAGACUACAAGCCUCUGAACAAAAAAGUAUUUGAGUGCACGGAAGUGGGUUGUGGUCUCAGGUACAGCACAGAUGGAGGCUUAAGGUAUCAUAAAUUGAGGGUGCACAAUAGUGGAAACCUCCCUAUAGAAGAAGAGCCUGAUUCUCGCAAGCUUAGCUGCCCAUUUGAUAAAUGUGAAAGGGUUUAUGAGGAUGCAGACAGUUUGCGUGAUCACCUGGCUAAGGCCCAUAUGCCUAUACCGAGGGAAAAAAUGUGUCCACUCUGUGGGCUGGCCUUCCCACACACAGAGCAGUUGGAGUUACACAUACACACCUUCCACAAUGAGAGCUCAAUUCUUAAUGAGCACCUGGUAUGUUUUUUAAAAAAAAAUCAUUUUUAUUUUUAAAAAAACAUGCAAUGAAAGAAAUAUAAAUAAAUUUACCUGCCAAUGGGAUUACCCGGUAUCAAAUAAUAUUUUUUCAUAACUCCUCACCCCUGUAUGUUAUUUAACAGACUUGUGACAUCUCAGUGUGAUGUUUGGUGGAGCUAUUCACUUAUGUUAUAUUAAAUUCACCCCAUUCAUUCAGUGCCCAAUCCUAAGUUUUUAAGCACAGAGAAACAGAUAGGCACCUACAAUUCAGUCUACUAAAUUAUGGAGUAAUUAGAAUAGUUUUGAAACCAACCACUAACUGGUUAAGAUGUGUCAUUAUGCUUUUGAUAAGAUGUUCAUUUAUUUUCUCACUUGCCAUUUUCACUACUGCUGUUUCUUUUUUUUUUCCCAUGCAGAAAGGUAUAUUUGUUUGUAAUUCGGAGAGAUGUGGCCUAAGAUUUCAUAGAUUAGAAGAAUUAAAACAUCAUGUUAACUGGCACCUAGGUAAGUCAAAGCAUUGUUUGAAUUGUAUUCUUUUAAUGAAUGGUUAGGGUUUCUUUGUCCAAUCGUUCAAUCCCCAGGAUGAAAAAAGAAUGCAUGCAAUCCCUCUAGUCUUUGAAAAGAUAAAUUACUAUAAAAAUACAAUAAACUAUUAAAAAUGAUUUCUCCCCUUUUUUUCUGGUUUACAAAGUGGUUACAUGGGUUCCUUGCGUUUCAUAUCUCUUGAGAUGGUAGAGCCAAGCAUGAACAUUUGGAAAGAAACAAUUUAUGGAAGUCGGAGAAAAAAAAUGUAAACAAUUGAGCUUCAGUUCUACAAGAUAGAGUCAUUCUACUGCAAAUAUAUAUAAAUUUGGAUAUGCCUGAUAAAACAGUUUGUAAAUGUUUUGAAAAAAGAAUUCAAUGCACACCAAAUGUGGACUUUUCACAGAGAAAAUGAAAGCUGGAAUUUUAAUGGUUCACGGGUAAAAAAAACACAUGAAAACCACCUUUCAUAAAAUCAGUAAAUAAAAUUGAACCAUCUUCCUGGUCUUUAUUAGUCUUUUUGCGAAAAAAACUAAAUUGCAAUCACUUAGAUUGGUGUCAAGAGAACCUUGAAUGAAGGGAUAGAUUUCACCAUGGGACUGUAGCCAUAUGCAGAGGUAGAGGAAAUGUACAUGUAAUGAAGAUUUUUGUUUGAAUCUUAUUUGCGAUUGUCCUGUAAGUUCUAUCUUAUAAAUUCUAAUGAAAGGAACUUCAUUAGUGUAGAAUUUAUAAUACAGUAUCUCCAGUAAGUCUGUUCUUUUAGUAUAAAAAAGCACAUUUUCAUAUAGCACACAUUUCUUUAAAUAAAUAAUGUAAUGCUUCAUGCUUUAAAAUAGCAUAUUUUCAAUAUCUCAAAAACUAGAGCUAAUAAGAGUAAAAAUGUUUGCCAUUUCUUGGAAUCAGCAGGUCAAAUAUACCUAGAAACAAGUGUUACAUUUGAGGCACCAACUUUUUUUCUUGGCCUGUGUUAUCAUUCCUCUGGAUACACAGAAGAAUACUUUCUAUAAUUUUCAAUUUCUAUGCUGAAAAAACACACCUUGUUCUAAAGUAACAUCAGUUGUUCUUCUUUCAUUAUUUGAAGGUAACCCACCAUACAGAUGUGAAUACGAUGAUUGUGCAAGGACUUUUCUACUUGAAACAAUGUUUAGCCAGCACAUUACUGAACAUGAGAAUCUCAAACCCUUUACUUGUAGCUUUGACCACUGCAGUGAAGGUUUUACUUCAUAUCUCAAAGUUUUGAAGCACACAAAGAUGCACUAUGGUAAGUACAUAAAUGAAUAAUUCAAUUAAAUUCCAAUUCACUUGCAGCAAUAAAAUGGACAAUUUUCUUCUUUAAAAUGAAAUUGAGCAUAGCUAAUUUUGUGCUACUCUAUUAAUAGGUUUAUUCAGGUGUCCCCUUGAUGGUUGUAGUAAAGCAAUGCAAACACUGAGCAAUGCCCGCAUGCAUCUUCAACGUCAUGAAAAGCCAUUUGUUUGUCUAAUGUGUGGCAAAAGAUUUGCUUUGAGUGAACAAUGGAACAGGCACAAAAGGUCACACACAGGUAAUCCAAUAUUAAUGUGAUUAGAUUUUUUUUAAAGAAAGUACGAAAUAACAGGCGUAAGACAAAUAAUUGGUUGGCUAAACGUUUGAUAUCUUAUAACUUGUUGUACCACCAAGGUCUUAUUGUCUAUGGAUAAAAGGAGUAACAAAUUAAUGAAACUUAGCCAUAUUUUAUAAGUAGUUAAAUUUAACAAUUCUAUCAGUCUAUAAAUACGUUUAUUGCCUUUUUUAUUGUUGAAAAAUUUAAAUUCUAAUUCUAAACUUACGGCAUUUAAUCUCUAAGCACCGUCAAAUCUAAACAACUAGAACAGCCUUUUUCUAAAAGUAACCAUCACCAUAUUAUUUCUAAAUAUGUCCUCUCUGUCCAGCUACUACAAGCUAUUCUUACCAAACACCAAGGAAGUAUUAAUAUCAUGUGCUACCUAUAUGAAUCAGUGCCAUGGUGGAGAUAUGGUUUUCAAUACAAAUACAAGCUAGAUUGAGCUUUUUUUAAAUAUUAACUGAGAUCAGACUUAUAAAAUUGAAAUUUUUCCAAUUUUUUUAUUUUACUUAUAAAGGGCCAUCUAUGAAGCUUUUCAUACUAUUUUUGAGAAUGUUUACCCCUCCCCCUGUCACAAUGUACCCUAUCACAAAUCUCAGACCCUUCUAAAGUAUGUCACACUUUCAACUAAAAAAAAUUUGCACGUGACAUCAUUUAUGGAUGACCCCUAUAUCGAGUCAAUUGAUAUUUAAAGUUUCCUUUAUCAUUCUAAUCUUCCAUCAGAAUGCAUCCAUCAUGACAGCAAGUUAAACAUUACUGUCAAUUUCAGGUUUUAUGUGUAUGAUAACAAAAAUUCUUUAAGUGUGUGAUGUCUCAUAUGAAUCUUACCCUCCCUACCCUUGUCACAAAAUGUCACAUUUUCUUAGACCCUGUUAUGAUCACCUGUACCUAGUGAUCGUAAUACGCCCCUGAGCACUUGAGCACACCUAGACAAUGACGCCAACCUUAAUAGUUUGGUUUAAAUAUGAACGGAUGCGUAAGAACCCCCCUCCGAAGUGUGAUGUACUUUAAGGAUGGCCCCUAAGUAAAUAAAAUAUUUCCCAGUGUCAUUUUUUUUUUGUUUCUGAAAGGACAUGUUUAAAAAUUAAACUUCUUUCCCCAUAUUUCUAAAGGUGAAAAGGUUUAUGAAUGUAAAGUCUGCUCCAGCCAGUUUGGAGAUUCUGAGAGUUUGAAAUUGCACAAGAAGAUUCACAAAGGAGAGAAGCGAUACAUGUGUGAAGAAUGUGGUCAACGGUUCAACUGUCAAGUUUCCCGCAAAAAUCACAUGAAAAUUCAUUCUAGUUUACGUAAGCCACUACAUACUCUUAUCUUAUUUUUUAAUUAUCAUUUAUAAUUAUUUAACUUAAAAAAAUUAAAAUUCAUCAAUUUGAAACUUAUAAAAAUUGGAGAUUUAAGAGGUCCUGGAGAUGGUUAUAGAUGACAAUUAUUUGAUAGAUUAUAAGGUGGCUUAUAUUAAUCCAAAACAAUGAUUCCCAACAUGUUAUGGUGACCCCUAACCAUAAAAUUAUUUUCAUUGCUUCUUUAUAAAUAUGUGUUUUCCCCUGGUAAACUUCGUUCGACCCGCAAAGGGGUCGCAACCCACAAGUUGAGAACCACUGAUCUAAAAGGACCAUGCUUUGACAUUUUAACUUAAGUGGUUUAAACUCCUUUAAUUAAAAAAAUUUAAAAAACAUAUUUUCAUGUUUAUUUAGGAGAGCUGCCCUAUGUGUGCCCAGAAGAGGGCUGUGGAAAAACAUUCAGGGAAAGCGGUUCUCUUAAGGCCCACCAAAACUCUCACACCAAACCAAGUCAUCUGUGUACUCAGUGUGGAAAGGUGUACAAAUUCAGUGUCAGCAAGCACAGGUGUAAAGUUGAACAACCCGAGCAGUUACAGGAGGAACCGAAGAUUGAGUACCUUCAACAGCUUCCAAUACAGCAGCAUCCAAUGCAGCAGAUGGAGAUGCAAACAGUACAGCAGUUACAACCCCUACCUCAAAUGUCUGCUCAGUCAUUACCUCAUUCCGUGCCCCCCACUUUGUCACUCCAGUUACCUGAUUCUAUCCCCCAGCCCAUUCCACUGACUCUGCAACAGCUACCUCAGUCAAUACAGCAGUCGCUACCUCAGCUGCAGCCACAGCAAGUGCAGCAACAACAACAGCAGUGUAUGUUUUUAAAUAAGUUACUUCUCUACUUUUUUUAAUCUAAUGAAGUUACAGAUGCAUUCAGGCACCUCUAGCCUAACUGGUCAUCUUGUAUUUGUAUGCUUGUAGUACAGAUAAUAUUUACAAAGUUAUCAGUAUCAGUAAGAGAUUAACACUGUAAAACUUUUUAAAUGCCAUUACAGCUAAAACUCUUCACCAAUUUCUGUUUCCAGAUAACAUGAACAAUUUAAUGAUGAUGUCUGAACCGAACCCUCAGUCCUAUGUAAUGGAGGUUGAAGAGGCAGCAAGAGCAAUGAGGCAGAAUUUCGGUGCACCAGACACAAUUGUUCUUCAGGAUCAAUCUCAUUAUAAUUAUAUUAUUUUAUAUGACAGGCCAGUGACGCAAUAACUAAUUAAUCAAAAUCUUAUGUGCAUGUACAUCAAUGGUUGAAUGUUUUACAGUACCGUAUUUGUUAUAAAUGUUAGUUUCUUAUGUUGUUAACAAAAAAGCUAUAUCUAUUUUUUGUAACAUAUAUAUCGUAUUUAUUGGCGUAUAACACACACUUUUCCUCCCUGAAAAUAGGGGGCAAAUGAUGUGUGCGUGUUAUACCCCGAUAUAAUGUUAAGGCCCC